AUGAGCGGCAAGAUAUCGCUCGCUCUCAACGGGCGCAACAAGCCCAUCAACGGCGUGAAGCGCUCUCACGCCGCUCUCCAAGAGGAGGAAGACGAAGACAACGAAUAUGGCCGCUCGGAAACCGUGUCGCAUUUCGACAAGAAAGCCGGAGGCGCGAUCGACGAGAAACGGAAAGAAGACCAAGGGCCCCUGGUUAUUGCGAAGCAGGCGAAUCGCGAUUGGAGAGAGGCUGCCAACAAGAGGAGAAGGCAGAAGAGUGGACUGCCAGAUGGCGCAAACGGAGAUGUGGAUGCGGACCAGAGAAUGAAGGCUGUGGAAGCAGCUGAUGUGGCGAAGAAGCCUGGAUUUGGCCUGAAUCUGUUCAAGAAGGGAGAGGAAGAUGGAGGAGAGGAAGCAAGCAGGGCAGAGGAGGUGCCCGAGAGUGAGCAGCCGGAGCCAGCAGCGCAAGAACCUCCAGCUCGCCGGAAAACGGAAGACGAACUGGCUAUGGACGCCCUCUUGGGAAGAACCACACAGGACAAAAGCCUGACAAUCGUGACCGAGGAAGAUGCUUUUCGGAACGACUAUGAGGGUGCUCCGGACAUGUCCACACUGGACGACUACGCCCGCGUCCCCGUGGAACAAUUUGGCGCCGCUCUUUUGCGCGGUAUGGGCUGGAAAGAAGGCGAAGGGAUAGGUUCUCAGAAAGGCAAAAGGCUCCCGAAAGACGACAAUAAACUCCCCGAACGGCGCGCAAAUCUGCUCGGAAUCGGCGCGAAAGAGGACGCUGCUUUGGCGGCAGAAAUGGGCGCUUGGGGCAAAGGCGGGAGAGGAAAAGAAGUGAAGAUUUACAACCCGGUCUUGGUCAAGGACAAGAAGACGGGGAAGAUGUAUACCGAGGAUGAACUGCAGCAGAAGAAAGAAAGGGAUGAGAGGGAGAGGUAUGAGGCUGAAUUCGAGAAGAAGGAGAGGAGGCGGGAGAAGGAGAGUCGCCGGGAUGACGGGCAUGAUCGUGAUCGUAGACGAGACAUGGAUCGAAGGAAGAGGGAAGACGAGGAGAGUGAGGAGGAGUACCAUCGUCGGAAAGAAAAGGAGCGACGGCGAAGAGAUCGGGAUAGGGAUGAUGAUUAUGAUCGUGAGCGUUCGAGACGGCAUCGAGAACGCGACAGCGACCGCCACCAUCGCGAUAGCGAUAGAGACCGAGAACGGGAUCGACGGCGGGACCGUGAUCGCGACGGUAGAGACCGAAGGCGCUGA